AUGUUCCACCACUCGAAAAAGACCAACGAAAACGACCUGAAAUUCGAUAUUGCGGCCCCUCCAAACUGGACAUACGCACCAGGGGAAACUAUCAUCGGCAAUUUAGUACGCAGUGCCGGGAUUGUUAGCGCGCAAGCAACCGUCACCCUAGAGUUCAGCGGUCGCGCCAACGCUGAAAUCGACGAGGAGAGAGGGGGAAGGAAGCAUCACAUUAAUCAUACGCAUUCUGUUCCUUUAAUCAACGAAGAGAAACAGGUCCUCCGCCGUGGGCCUCUCCAUCUAUCAUCCGACAGUGAAGAGAAGCUUUGCUGGCCAUUCUCUGGUGAAAAUUCCGAUUACGCCGGACCGAAGACAGAUUUCGCCGCCAGGCCUCAGGCUUUGUGCCUCUUAACUGGUCAGAUCAUCCCGGUCACCAGGUCUUACCUGGAACAUUCGUGUCGUCCUGUGCAUACGGCGUGA